UGGCCUGGAGGGCUCCUGGGGGAGCUGUGGUUUGCUGCUGAGCCUGUUGUCUGCUCAUCUUCUCAGGUGUGUGGUUGUGUUGUUCAAUCCCCGGAAACACAAACAGCACCACAUCCUCAACAGUUCCAGGAAAACCAUCACUGCCCUUGCCUUCUCCCCUGAUGGCAAGUACUUGGUCACUGGAGAGAGUGGGCACAUGCCUGCCGUACGGGUUUGGGACGUGGCAGAGCACAGCCAGGUGGCCGAGCUGCAGGAGCACAAGUAUGGUGUGGCUUGUGUGGCCUUCUCUCCUAGCGCCAAGUACAUUGUCUCUGUGGGCUACCAGCAUGACAUGAUCGUCAACGUGUGGGCCUGGAAGAAAAACAUUGCGGUGGCCUCCAACAAGGUGUCCAGCCGGGUGACAGCAGUGUCCUUCUCUGAGGAUUGCAGCUACUUUGUCACUGCAGGCAACCGGCACAUCAAAUUCUGGUAUCUCGAUGACAGCAAGACCUCAGAGGUGAAUGCCACUGUGCCCUUGCUGGGCCGCUCAGGGCUGCUGGGAGAGCUACGGAACAACCUGUUCACUGAUGUGGCCUGUGGCAGAGGAAAGAAGGCGGACAGUACCUUCUGCAUCACGUCCUCAGGGCUGCUGUGUGAGUUCAGUGAUCGAAGGCUUUUGGACAAGUGGGUGGAGCUGAGGACCACAGUGGCCCACUGCAUCUCUGUGAGCCAAGACUACAUCUUCUGUGGCUGUGCUGAUGGCACCAUGCACCUUUUCAACCCCUCUAACCUGCACUUCCUUAGCACCUUGCCCCGACCCCAUGCUCUGGGGACAGACAUUGCUAGCAUCACCGAGGCCAGUCGCCUCUUCUCUGGAGUGGCGAAUGCCAGGUAUCCAGACACCAUUGCCUUGACCUUUGAUCCUACUAAUCAGUGGCUGUCUUGUGUGUACAACGAUCAUAGCAUUUAUGUUUGGGAUGUGAGGGACCCCAAGAAAGUGGGCAAGGUGUACUCAGCUCUGUAUCAUUCUUCCUGCAUCUGGAGUGUGGAGGUCUACCCUGAGGUGAAGGACAGUAACCAGGCCUGCCUGCCCCCCAGUUCCUUUAUCACCUGCUCCUCAGACAACACCAACCGCCUGUGGAACACAGAGAGCUCCGGGGUGCAUGGCUCCACCCUCCACCGAAACAUCCUCAGCAGUGACCUCAUUAAAAUCAUCUAUGUGGAUGGGAACACCCAGGCCCUGCUGGACACAGAGCUGCCUGGAGGAGACAAAGCUGAUGCAUCCCUGUUGGAUCCCCACGUGGGCAUCCGCUCAGUGUGUGUCAGCCCCAAUGGACAGCAUCUAGCAUCAGGGGACUGUAUGGGCACACUUAGGGUGCACGAACUUCAGUCCCUGAGUGAGAUGCUGAAGGUGGAGGCCCAUGACUCUGAGAUUCUGUGCCUGGAGUAUUCUAAGCCAGACACAGGUCUGAAACUGCUAGCAUCGGCGAGCCGGGACCGGCUGAUCCAUGUGCUGGAUGCCGGGCGGGAGUACAGCCUACAGCAGACGCUGGACGAACACUCAUCCUCCAUCACUGCUGUCAAGUUUGCAGCCAGUGAUGGGCAAGUCCGCAUGAUGAGCUGUGGAGCAGACAAGAGCAUCUACUUCCGCACUGCGCAGAAGUCUGGAGAUGGAGUGCAGUUCACACGGACACACCACGUGGUGCGGAAGACGACCCUCUAUGACAUGGAUGUGGAGCCCAGCUGGAAGUACAUGGCUAUCAGCUGCCAGGACCGAAAUAUUCGGAUAUUUAACAUCAGCAGUGGAAAGCAGAAGAAGCUGUUUAAAGGGUCACAGGGUGAGGACGGCACACUCAUUAAGGUGCAGACAGACCCCUCAGGGAUCUACAUUGCCACCAGCUGUUCUGACAAGAAUCUCUCCAUUUUUGACUUCUCCUCAGGCGAGUGCGUGGCCACCAUGUUUGGCCACUCAGAGAUUGUCACUGGCAUGAAAUUUAGUAAUGAUUGUAAACAUCUCAUCUCUGUGUCUGGGGACAGCUGCAUAUUUGUGUGGUGCCUGAGCUCUGAGAUGACCAUCAGCAUGAGGCAGCGUCUGGCCGAGUUGCGCCAGCGUCAGCGGGGCGGCAAGCAGCAAGGACCAUCCUCUCCCCAAAGGGCUUCUGGACCCAACCGGCACCAGGCCCCAUCAAUGCUGUCUCCUGGACCGGCUCUCUCAUCAGACAGUGACAAGGAGGGAGAAGAUGAGGGGACUGAAGAAGAACUUCCAGCACUGCCCGUCCUUGCCAAGAGUACCAAGAAGGCACUGGCCUCGGUCCCCAGCCCAGCCUUGCCCCGAAGCCUGUCCCACUGGGAGAUGAGUCGGGCACAGGAGUCCAUGGGGUUCCUGGACCCAGCUCCUGCAGCCAACCCGGGACCCAGAAGAAGAGGGCGCUGGGUUCAGCCAGGUGUGGAACUGAGCGUUAGAUCCAUGCUGGAUCUGCGGCAGCUGGAAACACUGGCCCCAAGCCUGCAGGACCCUAGCCAGGACUCGCUGGCCAUCAUCCCAUCUGGUCCCAGGAAGCAUGGGCAGCAGGCCCUUGAGACUUCACUCACUAGCCAGAAUGAAAAGCCCCCUCGGCCUCAGGCUUCCCAACCUUGUUCCUAUCCCCAUAUUAUCCGAUUAUUGUCACAAGAGGAAGGGGUCUUUGCCCAAGAUCUGGAACCUGCACCCAUUGAAGAUGGUAUUGUCUACCCGGAGCCAAGUGACAACCCCACCAUGGAUACCAGUGAGUUCCAAGUGCAGGCUCCAGCCCGGGGAACUCUGGGAAGAGUGUACCCAGGCAGCAGGAGCUCAGAAAAGCACAGCCCUGACAGUGCCUGCUCUGUGGAUUACAGCAGCAGCUGCCUUUCCAGCCCGGAGCACCCCACUGAAGACUCUGAGAGCAUGGAGCCCCUCAGUGUGGAUGGCAUCUCCUCAGACCUUGAAGAGCCAGCUGAGGGUGAUGAAGAAGAGGAAGAAGAGGAGGGAGGCAUGGGCCCCUAUGGGCUACAGGAGGGCAGCCCCCAGACUCCAGAUCAGGAGCAGUUUCUAAAACAGCACUUUGAGACUCUGGCCAGUGGAGCUGCUCCAGGGGCCCCAGUGCAGGUCCCAGAGAGGUCAGAGUCUCGGAGUAUCUCUUUACGAUUCCUGUUGCAAGUACAGACCCGCCCACUCAGGGAACCAUCCCCGUCCUCCUCAAGCCUGGCACUGAUGUCGAGACCAGCCCAGGUGCCACAGGCAUCUGGUGAGCAGCCGAGAGGCAAUGGUGCCAAUCCCCCUGGAGCACCCCCGGAGGUGGAACCGUCCUCUGGCAACCCCAGCCCCCAGCAGGCAGCCUCUGUGCUGUUGCCACGAUGCCGUCUCAACCCUGACAGCAGCUGGGCUCCCAAGAGAGUGGCCACAGCCAGCCCCUUUUCUGGACUCCAGAAGGCCCAGUCUGUGCACAGUCUGGUGCCACAGGAAAGACAUGAGGCCAGUCUGCAGGCCCCUUCACCAGGCGCACUGCUGUCUCGGGAGAUCGAAGCUCAGGAUGGUCUGGGCUCCCUGCCCCCAGCUGAUGGCCGUCCGUCUCGGCCUCACUCCUAUCAGAACCCCACCACCAGUUCCAUGGCCAACAUAUCCCGCAGUAUCUCUGUUGGGGAGAACCUGGGCCUGGUGGCUGAACCUCAAGCUCAUGCCCCCAUCCGAGUCUCACCACUCAGCAAGCUGGCCCUGCCCAGCCGGGCUCACCUGGUCCUGGACAUCCCCAAACCACUGCCUGACCGUCCUACCCUGGCUGCAUUCUCUCCUGUCACCAAAGGCCGGGCCCCUGGUGAGGCAGAAAAGCCUGGCUUCCCGGUGGGCCUAGGAAAAGCUCACAGUACAACUGAGAGAUGGGCCUGUUUGGGGGAGGGCACCACUCUCAAGCCUAGGACAGAGUGCCAGGCUCAUCCUGGGCCCAGCAGCCCCUGUGCCCAGCAACUGCCAGUCAGCAGCCUCUUCCAAGGCCCUGAAAACUUGCAGCCCCCACCCCCUGAGAAGACUCCCAACCCCAUGGAAUGCACCAAGCCAGGGGCAGCCCUGAGCCAGGACUCAGAGCCAGCGGUGAGCCUGGAGCAGUGUGAGCAGCUGGCGGCAGAGCUCCGCGGCAGCGUGUGCCAGGCAGUGCGGCUCUACCACUCGGUGGCUGGCUGCAAGAUGCCCUCAGCAGAGCAAAGUCGGAUUGCCCAGCUCCUCAGAGACACCUUCUCUUCAGUGCUACAGGAGCUGGAAGCUGUGGCUGGGGCAGUGCUGUCCAGCCCAGGCAGCAGCCCUGGGGCUGUGGGAGCCGAGCAGACACAGGCCCUGCUGGAGCAAUACUCAGAACUGUUGCUUCGAGCCGUGGAACGGCGUAUGGAACGCAAACUCUGAGUUCUGGAAGCCUGUCCCAAGUGAAUGAAUGCCCCAGCGAUUCCAAACUGCAGCCCCUCUGCCCCUCACCAAAACCUGCGGGGCUGCUUGGAGUGGAAAGCAGGGAGCAGUGUUCAGAGGCAAAGCAGCCUUC